ACCGGGAUACGGGCUAGUGGAGUGAACGCCUCAUCCUGGGUUUUUAAAUUUCUCAGGGCAUGAGUGACGGUGGACAGAGGCCUUUGGCGGCGGCGUCCGUGAGCUGCCUGGUCUGUAAGCGCUGUACGCGGAGACCGUAGAACCAUCCAAGCAACUCUGCUUCCGGCCGGGGACAAAAAGCCGAGGCGCUGCGUCUCCUUUAAUCGUUGUGGGCGGGGCGUGGCAACGCGACCCGCGUUGCUAUUGGCGGCGGUUGGGGGCGCGGAAACUGAACCUGCUGCAACGGCCGACGCUGUCUCGUCCGGCGCUUUGGGCGCCCCCGGCCCGCCAUGGCUGCGACUUGCUCUGAGGACCCCUCACUGGAGAGGCAUUUUAAGGGCCACCGAGAUGCGGUUACCUGUGUGGACUUCAGUCUCAACACGAAGCAGCUGGCCAGUGGCUCCAUGGACUCAUGCCUCAUGAUCUGGCACAUGAAGCCCCAGUCACGUGCCUACCGCUUUGCGGGCCACAAGGAUGCCGUCACCUGUGUGAACUUCUCCCCUUCGGGACACCUUCUUGCCUCAGGCUCCCGGGACAAAACUGUCCGGAUCUGGAUACCCAACGUCAAAGGCGAGUCCACUGUGUUUCGGGCACACACAGCCACAGUGAGGAGCAUCCACUUCUGCAGUGAUGGCCAGUCUUUCGUGACGGCCUCCGACGACAAGACGGUUAAGGUGUGGUCGACUCAUCGCCAGAAAUUCCUGUUCUCCCUAAGCCAGCACAUCAACUGGGUCCGCUGUGCCAGGUUCUCUCCUGAUGGGCGGCUCAUUGUGUCUGCCAGUGACGACAAGACUGUCAAGCUGUGGGACAAGACUAGCCGGGAGUGUGUCCACUCUUACUGUGAGCAUGGCAGCUUUGUCACCUACGUGGACUUCCACCCCAGCGGCACGUGCGUUGCAGCCGCCGGCAUGGACAACACAGUGAAGGUGUGGGACGUGCGGAUGCACCGGCUCUUGCAGCACUAUCAGCUGCACAGCGCAGCAGUGAAUGCACUCUCCUUCCACCCAUCUGGAAACUACCUGCUCACGGCCUCCAGUGACUCGACCCUGAAGAUCCUGGACCUCAUGGAGGGCCGGCUGCUCUAUACUCUCCAUGGGCAUCAGGGUCCAGCCACCGCUGUUGCUUUUUCAAGAACGGGAGAGUAUUUUGCUUCUGGAGGUUCUGAUGAACAAGUGAUGGUUUGGAAGAGUAACUUUGAUGUUGCGGAUUAUGGAGAAGUCAUAAAAGUGCACAGGCCCCCAGCCACCCUGGCCACCUCCUCCGGGAAUCUGCCAGAAGUGGAUUUUCCUGUCCCUCCAGGCAGAGGCAGGAGUCAGGAGUCGGUGCAGAGCCAGCCCCAAGAGCCCACCAGCAUGCCCCAGACGCUGACCAGCACGCUGGAGCACAUCGUGGGCCAGCUGGACGUCCUCACCCAGACAGUCUCCAUCCUGGAGCAGCGGUUGACACUGACGGAGGACAAGCUGAAGCAGUGUCUGGAGAACCAGCAGCUAAUCAUGCAGAGAACAACACCAUGAUCAGGGGAGCAAGAAUCAAGAGCUCAGUCGAUUUUGGGGGAGGGGGUGGCAGGCUGGGGAUUGGUACUAUGCGGCUUGGGUAAAUAAAUGAAGGGGAUUCCGCUCUA